GUGAAAUGUAUUUGAGAAAAGACGACAUAGGAGGAAGAAAGCAGCCAAGGAAGGAAGAAGGAAGAAGUUAUUUCAGCACUAUUGAACUCUUACACGAUAAUGGAGCAGCAAACCAAAACGCUAACCAAAGCAUUAAUCAAGAACUCGAGCAACCCCAAGCUGGCAUGGCAACUCUUCAAACGCACUCUCUCUACUCCAAAUCCUCCCCUCUAUUCAAUCCCUCCCCUAACCCGUAUCCUCCUCCAUUCCCAAAUGCUUUCCGAAAUCCACACUCUUCACUCUUUCCUCCUUUCUCUAUCCCCUCAAAUCUCCCUUCCUUCUCAAUACACCCUCGUCAAGCUCGUAGCAACUUACGGAUAUAUUCACGAUGCCAUUUCUCUCUUCAAAUCUACUCGCUCUCACUUACCUCAUCAACAACCACCCCAUGUAUCACUCUACAAUUUGCUUAUGCACAAGUCUUUGAAAUUUGAUUGUCCGAAUUUCUUGUCUUGGUUGUAUAAAGAUAUGAUUUUUGCUUGCGUUUCGCCUGUUACUUAUACUUUUAACCUUCUCAUUGAAGGGUUGUGUAAUUCGAAUCGUUUGGGAGAUGCCCGCCACCUGUUUGAUGUUAUGCGCGACAAAGGGUGUCAGCCUAAUGAGUUUAGUUUUGGGAUUUUGAUUCGCGGUUAUUGUGAAUUUGGGCUUCCUUUAGAAGGUUUGAAACUUCUGGAUAUGAUGAAAAUGAUGGGCGUUUGUCCUAACGUGAUAAUAUACAAUACUUUGAUUGCCAGUUUCUGCAAGAAAGGUGAUGUUGAUGAGGCUGAGAGGUUGGUCGAGAGGAUGAGGGAGGAUGGGCUUGUUCCUGAUGUUGUUACCUUCAAUUCUAGAAUUUCAGCUCUUUGUAACUCAGGGAAGAUUCUUGAGGCUUCCAGAAUUUUCAGGGAUAUGCAAAUAGAUGAGGUAUUCGACUUGCCAAGGCCGAAUGUUGUAACUUUUAAUUUGAUGUUGCAGGGGUUUUGUGAGAGAGGGAUGCUUGAAGAUGCGAGGGCACUGGCUGAGUCUAUGAAGAAAGAUGGUAUUUUCUUCAAUGUGCAGAGCUACAAUAUCUGGUUGUGUGGGUUGGUGAAGAAUAAAAAGAUGUUGGAGGCUCAAUCAGUGCUGAAAGAGAUGUCGGAGAAUGGAGUAGCUCCCACAAUAUAUUCUUAUAACAUUGUGAUUGAUGGCCUCUGCAAAAAUGGGAUGCUUGGUGAUGCCAAAAUGCUGAUGAGCUUAAUGGUAAGUGAUGGUAAAUUUCCAGAUACAGUUACUUAUAGCACUCUACUCCAUGGCUACUGCAUGAAAAGUAAAGUGACUGAGGCAAAGAAUAUUCUGCAUGAGAUGAUGAAGAGAGGCUGCAUUCCAAAUACGUACACUUGUAAUACUCUGCUUCAUAGCAUGUGGAAAGAAGGGAAAAUAUCAGAGGCGCAGCAGUUACUGCAGAAGAUGAAUGAGAGAGGUUAUGGCCUGGAUAUCGUGAGUUGCAACAUAGUCAUUCAUGGUCUCUGCCGAACCGGAGAAGUGGACAAAGCUGUCGAGAUUGUGAGUCAAAUGUGGAGCCACGGAAGUGCUGCGCUUGGUGAUCUUGGAAAGUCGUUUAUGAGCUUGGUGAAUGAAGAUGAUCAUGGGAGGAAAUGCCUGCCCGACUUGAUCACCUAUUCAACCAUAAUUAGUAGUUUAUUCAGAGAAGGGAAGCUUGAUGAAGCUAAGAAGAAGUUUCUUGAGAUGAUGGGAAAGAAGUUGUACCCUGAUUCAAUUAUUUAUAAUACUAUUUUACAUCAUCUGUGUAAAAGAGGAAAGGUAUCAUCUGCAUUUCAGGUUCUAAAGGACAUGGAGAAGAAAGGUUGUAACAAGAGCUUACGAACUUAUAAUUCUUUGAUACUCGGAUUGGGGAACAAAAAUCAAAUAUUCGAAAUGUGUGGCCUGAUGGAUGAAAUGAGAGAAAAAGGGAUUUCUCCAAAUGUUUACACGUACAAUAUCAUGACUAGCUGUCUAUGCAAAUCUGGGAGAACUGAAGAAGCAAUUUCUCUUUUAAAUGAAAUGUUACAGAAAGGAAUAAUUCCUAAUCUGCAUAUCUUUGAGUUGCUUAUUACAUCAUAUUGCAGGAGUGGUGAGUUCAGACCUGCUCAGGAGGUAUUUGAUAUAGCCUUGAGCAUAUGUGGUCACAAGGAAGCACUCUACGCACUGAUGUUCAAUGAAUAUCUUGCUGGAGGUGAAAUCUUGGAAGCUAAGCAAUUACUGGAAACUGCAUUAGAUCAACGCUUUGAUCUAGGAAGCUUCCUUUACAAAGAUCUUAUUGACAAGCUGUCAAAGGAGGAGAAUUUAGAAGGUGCUCAUGAUAUUCUCACCAGGAUGAUGGACAUAGGAUAUGCGUUUAAUCCUGCAUCAUUCAUGCCAGUCAUUGACGGUUUACGUAAAUUGGGUAAUAAGCAGGAGGCAGAUGAACUAGCGGAGAGGAUGCUGGAGAUGGUUUCAGAAGGUAAGGUGGGUAACAAAGCUUACCAAAACUAUAGGGAGUUAAAUCGUGUGAAGCGAAGCAAAUAUGGUGGAGAUGGUUGGCAGGCAAUUGUGCACAGAGACGAUGGAAGUACAGCAGCCUUGAAAAAUUUGAAGCGGGUGCAGAAAGGAUGGGGUCAAGGAAGUGUAUCAAGUCUCCGAACUCCCAAAAAUGAAAUUCUGGAUGACUAGUAAUUAAGCUGCUAGUAAUUAAAUGUUCCUUUCUUCAUGGUCAAGGGUGGAGGUAGAAGGAGAGCUACGGGUUUGGCCAAACUCACUAGCUUUAGUACAAAUCCUGUAUUUGUGUGAAGGAAUUUACAUGUACAAAGAUUAAAUUCAGAACCCAGUUACUAAAGCAUGACGUCACUAUUCUAGAAUUUGAAACCCAUAAAGUUCAAAUCCUAGCUCUGCCUUUGUUCAUGGUCAUGGACUGCGAGUUUCGAGGGGAUUGGUAGCAAACCGUGGUUCCCUUGAAAACUUAAAAUGGAAAAUGCAGUCAGUUCAACGAAGCAUAUCUAGUUUCCAAGUCAUGAAAUGAUUAUUGGGGCUGACAAGGAUGCUGACCUCAUAAACGAAUGGAGCCCUGUGCCCAAUACAGAGAACGAAUCACUAUCUGCAGUUUAUACAGAUGAAGCUGCUGCAGUAUCGAAAACCCCAGUUCGGGUCUGUAAGGCCGAGCCCACAUAACCGCGGAACAUUGAUCUCCUGAUGACUGGAUCAACAUGUUUGUGCUGGUCCAUUGUAAGUUUUCAGUUA